ACACACACACACACACACACACAUCACAUCCACAAGUUGCUUCCGAGCGCGCCACGGGAUGACUUUUGCGCACUGCAGGGUAAAUGUGCCGUAAAAGAAUACCCGCAGAGCUCAUUCAGAGAAACGCCGAAGAGAGAUCCGAGUGCAUAUCUUCUGAUGAGUUUUUGGGGUUUCCAUCUUCGGAGCCUGUCUCCCUCCGCAGGACCCUGGUGUUCCCAUUCCGUAGCCAAACAGGCGUUUUAGGUGUGAUGUAACGCUUUUUAUAUCAGCAGCUCACUCCACAACUGUUACUACUGUCGCCUCCUCUCCCAGAGGAUGGGACCCUUCAAACUCUAAAGUGAGAAGGCACGAGCGUCAAACCAGAGAGAGAGAAACAAGGUGCAAAGCACAGAGGAAAAGAAAGAUGGAGUCCAUAUUAUCGGAGCAGUCGGCCGCGGUGGACGAGCUGGUGGAAGCGAGCAUCCAAGCCUUCGAUGAGGGCGGCACUUUGAAGGAUGCUUCCUUGGUUCGCAUGUUUCUAAUGAUGCACCCUUGGUAUAUCCCCUCAACCGACUUGGCUAAGAAGCUAGUGCUCAAAUCUCAAGAGGAGAGCAGCACUGCUGAGCGCCGAACAAGAAUAUGCCAUCUGGUCAAGUACUGGAUCUCUGAGUUUCCAGCGGAGUUCAAUCUGAGCCCAGAGCUGGCCGACCAGAUCAAAGACUUUAAAGACCUCUUGACCACCGAGGGCAACGAGAGUCAGAGUCGGCUCAUUGACCUCGACAGUGUGCCAUCAUAUAAAUGGAAACGGCAGGUAACUCAGCGUGUCCCAUCAGUGUCCAAAAAGAGGAAGAUGUCCCUGCUGUUUGACCACCUUGAUUCCUGUGAACUGGCUGAACACCUGACCUACCUGGAGUACAAAUCCUUCUGCAAGAUCCUGUUUCAGGACUACCAUAGCUUUGUGAUGCAUGGCUGCACAGUGGACAACCCCAUCCUGGAGCGUUUCAUCACGCUUUUCAACAGCGUCUCCCAGUGGAUCCAGCUGAUGGUGCUCAGCAAGCCCACCGCCCCGCAGAGAGCCGCUGUCAUCUCCCACUUCAUCAGAGUGGCACAGAAGCUGCUGCAGCUGCAGAACUUCAACACGCUGAUGGCUGUGGUGGGCGGCCUCAGCAACAGCUCUAUCUCUCGCCUCAAAGACACGCAGAGCCACAUCAGCGCCGAGACCAACAAGGUAUUUAACAACCUCAUUGAACUGGUGACUUCAUGUGGGAACUACAGUCAGUACCGCAAGCGCUUCUCUGAGUGCUCGGGCUUCCGAUUCCCGAUCCUCGGCGUGCACCUGAAAGAUCUGAUAGCCGUGCACGUGGCACUGCCAGACUGGGCUGACAAAGAGAAAACGCGGGUCAACCUGGCCAAGACCCAACAGCUGUACGCCAUCCUCCAGGAGCUGGCGCUGAUCCAGACCAUGCCGCCUCACGUCGACGCCAAUACAGACCUGCUCAACCUGCUCACGGUGUCUCUGGACCAGUACCACACAGAGGAGGAGAUCUACCAGAUGUCUCUUCAGAGAGAACCUCGCAAGCCAGCGCAGAACUCAAGCCCCGCCCCCGCGUCUGACCCCAAGCCCACUGUGAUUGACGAGUGGGCUGUGUCGGUGAAGCCCAGCGCCGACCCCACCAUCAUCAAGAAACACAUAGAGAAGAUGGUGGAGUCGGUGUUCAAGAACUUUGAUUCAGAUGGAGAUGGCCACAUCUCCAGGGAUGAAUUUGAAGCAAUCAGGAACAACUUCCCAUACCUCAGCAAGUUCGGAGAACUGGACAAGAACCAAGACGGGAAGAUCAGCAGGGAGGAGAUGAUAGACUACUUCAUGAAAGCCAGCUCUCUGCUCAACUGCAAGAUGGGUUUCAUCCACACUUUUACUGAGAGCACAUACGUCAAGCCCACGUUCUGCGAGCACUGCGCCGGCUUUCCCAUGGCUCCUCUCCUCUCAGACUCCCCCUGGUUGGCAGAGUUGUUGUCAGGCACAGUUGACCUAAGCGUGCGUGUGUGCCAGUGCUCGUGUGUCUGCAUGCCGUGUAGAAGCUCGUUCCUGUCACCGCUGGCUCUUCCGUUCGCCCCGAUGUUUCUGUUUGCACCCGUUCCUCUGUCUGACCCUGUCCCUCUCUCUCCAUCUUCCCCUUUCUUCUUCCCAUCUCGCCUCCUUUCUCGGCGACUCUCCGUACCUCUCCUCCAACCCGCCCGUCCUCUCCUCCUCUCCCGUCACCUCUCUUUGCCGCUCUCCUUCUCUCGCCUCAUGAAUGCUCCGGCGGCAGCUUGCGGUGUGAACUGCCACAAGGCCUGCCGAAGCCGCCUGGCUGUCGAAUGCCGGAAGAGGACGAAGAGCAUAAGCCACGAGACGCCGCCGGCUCUCCAGGCCAGAUCCUACAGCUUCCCUCCACCUGCUAACACCCCUCCCAGCCUGCAGAACACAGUAAUUGUUGAAGAGGAUAUAGAGACAGUGGAGGAAGGAGUGUUUGAUGUCCACCUAUAACCAGAAUCCCUCCUACGGUUGGUGUGCAAGAUGCCAAAUCAGCGUCAGAGUGCUGGGAGCCAGACACAGAAUGUGCUACAGUAUGUCAGCUUUACAACCCUCAACACUGCUGAGAAACUGCACUGAACACAUGCCAGGACACCAUCGUGCUGCCACACAGUGGACGCAUACUGCAACAGCAACUCCACCUAACUCACAUGAUAUUGACCACCGAUGUGAAUCCAAUGUCUUUGUAUGAUCAUUAUGUAAAAAAUUUUGCAUUUUGAUUCAGUGUUGGCCAAGAGUGUUACUGUAAAACCUACUAUAUUUUAAAA